AUGAGUUGGUUUUUCACGAAGUUGAGGGAAGUAAUUGGAGAUGUCGAAAAUCUUGCAUUCGUAACCGAUCGAGGGCAGUCAAUAAUAAAUGGUAUCGCCGAAGUCUUCCCCGAGGCACAUCAUGGUUAUUGUAUGUACCAUAUACAGGGAAACCUGAAGACCAGGUAUCGAGGCAAUGGCGUCGUUGCGUUGUUUAGGAGAGCUGCAGAGGCUUACAGUUUUGAAGAGUUUGAUAAGUUCAUGGUCGAAAUAGACAAGUCGCCUAACGAUUUAUUCAAGAAAGAUCGAGAGUUACCAAUUCUUGCAAUGAUUGAGAACAUUCAUGACAAGUUACAACAGUGGUUUCAUGAUCGACAUGAGGAAUCACAGAGCUGUGCAAGUGUGCUAACCCCGGCUCAAGAAGAUAAGCUCUUCAAGACUCUAGAUGUGGCAAGAAAGUUGGAGAGUUUUCCAUGUACACAUGCAGUGGCAGUGGCUAUGCAUAGAGGAUUACCACCACACACCUUAUGCAGUGUGUAUUACAUGACUGAUUAUUGGAGAGCAGCAUAUGCGGAAACAAUAUUUCCUGUACCAAAUGAAGUCGAGUGGGAAGUGCCCGACCACAUUCUCCCACUGAAUAACUUGUUGCCACCAGCAGUUGGACCACGUACUCCUGGACGUACACGUACGUCUAGAAUACCAUCUACCGGAGAGUUUCCCCAGCCUCGUAGGUGCGGUGCAACAGGGCAUACUAGAAGAUAUUGUACAAGUCAGAUUCCUCUACAUGACAAUGUAACGGAUGUGUAA